CCCGCCUCCUCUCUGCCUCACCAGCAUGGCUGAAACUACAAAUGGGAAGUGAAGAGUUUGAAAAGUUGCACGGACGAGUUGUGUCUCAUCUGAAGCGAGCAGAGCACACGGGGGCAGUAAUUAUUCAUGACUUAAAUGGCGGAGGAACUACUUCUGGAAAACAAUGGGAAACCCAGCGCGCAUCUUACGAAGCCUCUGCUGGCUGUGGCUUUCCUGUCCUCGUUCGGCAGCUCCAUGCUCUAUGGCUACAAUUUAGCAGUGGUCAACUCACCUUCACAGUACAUCAAAGACUUCUACAAUGAGACGAUGGUAGAACAAUAUGACUGGAUUCCAGGCGAGGAGCUGCUCACCGUCUUCUACUCCCUCACAGUCUCCAUCUUUGCUAUCGGUGGGAUGACUGGCGCGCUGCUGGUUGGCAGACUGGUAACCAAAUACGGAAGGAAGGGGACGCUGGUGAGAGCCACUGUGCUGGUGUUCAUAGGAGGAGCUCUUAUGGGCUUCAGCAGGAGGUGCAGGGUGCCUGCGAUGGUCAUCCUUGGACGCUUCAUCACUGGAGUACACUCGGGUAUCUCUCUCAGUGUGGUGCCGAUGUACCUCGGUGAAAUAGCCCCCAAGAACCUGCGAGGCUUCCUGAGCCUCGUUCCCAGCAUUCACAUUUGCGUGGGCGUCUUCAUUGCUCAGGUUCUGGGCCUCUCCGAGCUGCUGGGAAAGGAAGAGUACUGGCCUCUGCUCCUUUCCCUGGUGGUGUUUCCUACAAUCAUCCAGCUGAUGCUGUUGCCGUGGUUUCCAGAGAGUCCACGUUACCUGUUGAUAGAGAAGGGAAAUAUUGCUGCCACCAUUGAAGCCCUGAAGUGGUACCGUCCAAAGGGAGACUUCCAGGCGGAGGUUGAUGAGAUGCAGGAGGAACAGCGAUCUCUGUCCUCCGUCCAGACCGUCUCUGUGUGGGGCCUGCUCAGGGACCGCUGCGUUCGCUGGCAGGUCAUCACCAUUGUGGUAGUCAACAUCGGCAUGCAGCUGUCUGGCAUCGAUGCGAUCUGGUUCUAUACAAAUGACAUUUUCAAGAACGCAGGAAUCCCAGAACCACAUAUUCAGUAUACAACUGUGGGUACCGGUGCCAUUGAGGUCAUCUCUGGGAUGCUGGGGUGUUUCACUAUUGAGCGUCUGGGCAGAAGACCUCUGAUGAUUGGCGGCUUCCUCUUCAUGGGUCUCUGCUGUUCUGGCAUCACAGUGUCUGUCAUCCUCCAGGCGGAGCUCCCCUUCAUGCGCUACAUCAGCGUGGGCUGCGUUGUCGGAAUUAUUGCUGGUUUCUGCAUAGGUCCAGGCGGUGUGCCUUUCCUCAUCACCGCAGAGCUCUUCAAGCAGUCCCACCGGCCGGCUGCCUACACUGUGGCCGGAUGCCUUAACUGGUUGUCCAACUUCACCAUUGGCUUCGUCUUUCCCUUCCUAGAGGAUGCCACAGGUCCGUACUGUUAUCUGAUCUUCUGUGUGAUCUGUUUGGGAGUGGCCGUCUACACCAUCUUUGUUAUUCCUGAGACCAAGAACAAAACCUUCAUGGAGAUCAGCCAGAUGUUCGCUGCCAAGAACAACAUCACGGAAGAAGAGUUGACCUCCAAUGCUCAUCUCAAAAUGGCUAUGAUGAAUGGCUAUGGAACUCUUGUUGAAUAACCCGACGGUGGGAAGUGACGUGGUGGACAUGCAUGUUUGUAAUGACUGAAGUAAGUGUAGCGGAGAUGAAGGUUGGAACGUUGAGGCCAACGAGGAGAUCUGCUGCUUUGUGUGUAAACUACAGAGACCGUCGCCUACAAAUACUUUCUACAUUUAACCGUUAACCACCAGUGAAAGGGGAGCUCCUGUACUUUAUGUAAGGCAGGAGUCACGCGGUCAAGCCUUUCAAAUCAACCAUCAUAGACGUUUUAAUCCGGUUUCUCUGCAUCUUAAAGCAUUUCUACGGGAGCUGACUUUGUUUCUCUGAGAGUUUUAAUCCCCACAUUAGCUUCACUUUGUUGAAACACAUCCCAUGAUCACUGUAUUGUUCGUAGCUGGUCAGUACUGUCUCUUGUUGCUAAAUGAAGAAUAUGUUUAUUCAGGGAUGCAACAUUAACACCUCGGAGGCAGAGAUUCCAUCGCUGAGCUAAAGGAAAGACCUUUUAUCGUGUGAAUGAUAUUAGCUGUGACGCACGUUCACAGUGUUCACCUCAAGGUGAAGAAGUUGGUUUUGUUUUAUGUUCACUUUGGAUUUUGUGUCUAUUCUAAAAGAGUUUGAUGUUGUGGUUGCUCAAGUCAUCACAUGUGUCUUGUCCAAAUAUACAGUAUGCAUUUACGUAAAGCUUGUUGAAAAGCUAUAAUUUAUCAAUAUAUGACCGGUAGAUGUACAAGUUUGUUCAUUCAUUUUCUUUAUUUUUUACCGCCCUGUUUCACAACCCCUCUAUGCAUAAAAUACAAUGUGAAAAUAAAAUGAAGAUAUGUGCA